AUCUAAAAGAGCUCAAAGGGGAACGCAGAGCCGGAGGUGUCUGGGACCAGGAGCUGCACAGGUGCAGAAGAAGAGAAGGGAGCACGUUGUGUGUAGAAAAGAGUGACAGUUUUUUUUCUCCGUCAGUAACAUCCCCGAGCAACCGUCGCCAUGGCAGCUGAGAAAGCUGAAAUUGAUGCACUGAAAAAGGAGUGCGAUGGCCUCCGUGUACAGAUUGAGGCGGCCCGUAAGGCUGUGAAUGACGGCAGCAUGUCGGCAGCAGCAGGAGGGGCGUCUGAGGUGGGCCGAGUCCAGCUGAAGCUCAGGAAGACACUCAAGGGUCACCUGGCUAAAAUCUAUGCCAUGCACUGGGCCACUGACUCCAGGUCAAUGGUCAGUGCAUCACAGGAUGGAAAGCUUCUCGUCUGGGACUCCUUCACAGGGAACAAGUUGGUUGCUGUCCCACUAAAGUCAGCUUGGGUGAUGAGCGUCGCCUUCGCCCCUUCUGGUAACAUGGUGGCCAGCGGUGGUCUGGAUAACAUGUGCACAGUGUACAACAUCAAGGCUGCCAGCCCCAAGACCAUCAGGGAGCUGGAUGCACACACAGGUUACCUGUCUUGCAGCCGUUUCCUUAGCGACACUGAGAUCCUGACAGCCUCCGGUGACACCACCUGCUGUCUGUGGGACCUGGAGACUGGCAAGCAGAAGAUCAUCUUCACCAACCACAUUGGAGACUGCAUGUCGCUGGCUCUCUCCACCGACAUGAACACCUUCAUCUCAGGAGCCUGUGACUCUCUGGCCAAGCUGUGGGACCUGAGGGAAGGGACCUGCAAGCAGACCUUCUCCGGACACACCAGCGACAUCAACGCCAUCAAUUUCCUCCCCAAUGGUAAUGCUUUUGUCACAGGCUCUGACGACUGCACCUGCAAGUUGUACGACAUCCGCUCCGAUCAGGAGGUGAUUGGCUACCAGGACUCCAGCCUGAACGCCGGCGUCACGUCUUUGACCCUCUCCAACUCAGGCCGCCUUAUCUUUGCCGGCUAUGAUGACUUCAACUGCCACAUCUGGGACACACUGAAGGGAGAGAAAGUUGGUGUGCUGUCCGGCCAUGACAACAGGGUGAGCUGCACCGGCGUCCCCGUUGACGGUAUGGGUGUCUGCACAGGAUCCUGGGACAGCUUCCUCAAACUGUGGAACUGAGUUAUCCCGGCAGAGGGAAACACCGGAUGAGGGAGAGGAGGAGAGGAAGAGGAGGAAAAGGACAGGAAAAGGACAGGAAAUGGAGAGGAAAAGGGUGAAGAUAGGGAAGAAAAGAAGAGAGGAAAAUAAACUAGAAGACAAAGUAAGGUUGGAUGAUAUUUGGUGCAGAUGUUUGAGAAGCACAGAUUCCGUCCUCUCGUUCUCUCUCCCGCUCUACUUCUUCCUUAUUCAUGUAUGCAAAAUAUGAGAGGUUGUGAAUGAGUCACAUUGUAUAAAUGGCAUCAGGUAAACAGUGCACGAUGCAUCCUGCUGCAUGUACAAGAGAGUUUUAUUGCUGUCGGGACUAUUCAAACACUGAAAAAAUUAAAUACAUUUUAAAAAAGCACAUUAUUCAAAAUGAUUACAGAGCAGAAAAUAAGCUCUUAUUGAGAAAGUCAAUUAAACACAUAUAGAUUUUUGACAAUAAAAAAAGAAAGAACACUUGAAUAUUGAAAAUAAGACUAGGAUUACAGAUUAAUUUUUAUUAUUGUCUGUGACCUGUAAAAGAGCCCUGCACUUAUUUAGAUAAAAGAUUUAUAUGUACAUUUAUUUGUAUUUUAUAGGUUAACACAUUAGGAUGGAGAGUCGUUGUACAGUGUCUUUAUUUUUUCUUCAUUUUAUUUUUGUUUUGGGCUGCACAUAUCCAGAGUAUAUGUGUAUGGUAGAGCUGCCAUCUUCCUCUGCUAACAACCAGCAGACUUUGAUCCAACAGGGCCGCUGUUACCUUGAUAAUACGAUGACGUACCCAAAGAGAUGAUGGGUUGAAGGUGGAGCCAGGCUGCCGGUUGGCGGUCUGACCUGUG